CAAGGCAGAUAAAUAAUUAAAUGUUUCUUCCUUGUUUACAUUUAGACAUUUAGAUUAGAUCAAGAUCUAUUGAUCUAUCAUAUUUAAUGCUGCUUGAUGAUUGUUUUCGAUGUUUGGAAUCUAUAUAUAAUAGACUCUAGUUAAAACCAACUGAAGUUUCACAUUUCUAAGAAAGCGCCAUGGCCAAAGGAUUUCGACCAAAUUUGGUUCCACCAUCCCACAGAAAAGUGGAAACUGAAGGAAGAAGACCUUGUCUCUGCCUUGGCUUGUCAUUGGCUGUGACCAUUUUAGUCUUUGUGAUUUUUGGUGUGUCUGGAUGGAACCUUUUCAAACAUCGCUUCAGCAAAAACACGUUGGAUGAUGUCCAAGAAGCAGCACUGAAUGACAUCACAGAUGACUUCUCUGCCACUUUUUGUAACAGCUACAAGGUGUCCUCCAGUCGUCCAGGCAUGAUGUAUGUGUUACCUGAGCAUGCUCGGGUGAACACAUCCUACAAGGACACGCAUAACUUCACUGAUCCAGAUGUUUUUAAAAAGCUGUUUCUGCUAAAAGGAACUGAGCUGUAUAUUUCCACUUGCAGAAAGUUUAGUAGGAGUUACCAUGAUUCCCAUUUGAUGAUCCUUGUAAAAGGGUCUGACAACUAUAAAGCAAAGUUUCAUCACUCAUGCCACUCAUGCACUAUAUGGAAUGUCUCACUUUGUGAAAAUCAUGAGCAUAAAUCUAAGCCAUUUAAUUUCACUGUAAAUUACACUGUAACUUCUAAUGAUUUUUACUAUUUGCUUUUUAAUUUUCAAACCACUAGUGCAAACUUAGAUUUCAAUGCCAGUCUAGAGCUAACUCACUUUGAUACCCGCAAUGCAUACAAAAAGUGUAAUGUUAGUCUCAACACCCCAUGUCAGUUUGAUCUAAACUGGCAGUCAGAUGACGAUGUUGUCAUCAAGUUUCCAACACUCAAGGACAAGUCAAGCAUCUACACGGAGUGCCAAAUACGUCUUGCCUUUUGGAUAUGUUUGUUUGUAGCGUUGCCUGUUGUUACAGUUCUGCCAAUUGCAAUGCUCCUGGCUUGUUUUUUGUGCAGGGUCCGAAAACGAACAUUCAGCGCUGUCAAAGAGCAGGCCAGAGUGAAAAGAAGGAAAGCACAAGAUAAACGGACUCUGGUUCACAGUGAAGUUAUCCCUGAUCACACUGAUGGAACUACAAUUCAGACAGAUGAUCCAUAAAUCAAUUUCUUUUUAUUACUUGUUAUUUUCCACUCUUUAAAAACAUUGACAUAGAGAUGAAAGAUUAUGAAAUCAUUCAAAUUGGAAAUGUGUUGAGGGGAAUUUUAAAAAUCAUUAUAGAAUAUUCUAAUAUAAAAUCAAAUAUUUUGGGGUAUUUUGAAAGAAUUUUUUUAUUUUCAUUUGUUCAUAAAAAAAUGUUUAUUGUUCUUUAUCUUUCUGUAAAGUAUAUGCUAUAUAAUUUCCAUUUUGUUGUUUUUCUAUAAAUCUGUGAUAUAUGGGCACUAAACGAAGAGAUGAAACUGUAUAUAACAUUUACUUUAAUACAAUGGCUUAAAAUUUUUUUUACAUAUUUUGUAAAUUUUAUUUUGGCGUUUGUCUAUUGAAAAAAAAAACAACCAAGUUAAAUAUUUGAUGUAAGAACAUUUUGGCUCUGUCAGUUAUACAAAGCUCAAUUUAUCCCUGAUUAACAGUUGUUGUGUUGUUGUUUUUUGUUGUUUAUUUUGAUAUUUUCAAAUUUAGUAUUGCAUUUGUUUCUUUCUGUAAAUUAUACACAUUGCAUCAAAUCAACAAUCUGUAACAAAGGAACAACUCUUCAAACCAAAUUUAUUAAUACCGUGUAAACCCAUUAUCAAUGUAAAUUUUAAAUAGUGUAUACUAGUCUAUUCUGCUUUGCUAUUGGUGUAGGUAGUGAAGGCUGAUAUGUUUCUGCCAACAAUAACAGAAAUAGCUAUACUACAUUUUCAUACUUUGAUGGCUCUACUACUUCAGCAGUCCCUCUUUCUUGACCAAAUAAGGUGUGUUGAAAAGACACAUGUGCCAUUCAUCCUUGUCUUACACCAGUAACACUGCUACAAGCACAUCAAUAACAUAUUUUGGUUUAGAUAGUUCAAAUGAUGGUGAGCUAUAAAUGCACAGCAUUGGCAGUUAAGUAAUGUUAGAAGGUUGCAUUAACUAGGAAUGUAAUAAUUCUGUUGUGUUCAAUUGUAAUGUAGCCAGUGGUUUAAGUUUUAAUUUUGUUUAAUGAAAACAAAAAAGCCAAUUUUAGGACAAUAUUUCCUAUUUUUCUUGCAUAAUCAUUUAUAGCCUAGAUAUAUAUAUAUAUAUAACACAAGUACUGGUACUGAAAUGCUUUUUUUUAUCACUACUACAAUUAGUAUUAAUACUGACACAAAACUUGAGAAUCCAUUUCAGUGUACACUUUUUAUUGUUUCCAUCAGUGAAUGUAAACAAUAAAGAUAUUGGGAACUCCAUUACUAUCUAAUAUCUGUUAGUGCUAUAAACUGUUCUAUUCUAUUGAUAUAUUAUGACCUAUUUGUAUUUACCUAGGGAUUUUAUCUUUAGUUGGACUUGAUCAACUUGAAGUGAUAACAUUGAUAAUAUUUGUGUGUGUGUGUGCAUUGCACAAUGAUUACAAUCUAUCAGUCAUGUAUAUAUAAUUAACAGUAUUCACUAUAGAGAAGAUUGCAUUUACCUACAGUUUUUAAAGUUGAUUUAAGAUUUUUUCAAUCCCUACAGUUCUAUGAUAUUGAUAUAUGUGCUUAUUUCUACUUGGUUUAAAAACAACAGUAUCAAUGACCAAUAUAUGUAAGGCAGAUGCUUGGGCUUUAAGCUUGUGUUUCCAAAGUUGUAGUUUGGCUACAUGCUUUAUGGCAGUUUUACUACCCUGUUGAGCAUUGUAGCUUGGGGAUGUGCUAUGCACGUAAUAAAAUUGACUAAAUGCAAUUUUGUUAAAUACAUUGAAUAUGUAUGCAAUAAUACACUUAUAUAUGGCCAUUGCACUUAAUACAAUUUUUGUGCCGUUUUCUUGUUUUCUCUAUGAGAACAUAUUUUUCACAAUUUGUUUGUUGUUUUUUUUUUACUAAAAUAAAAUAUUGCCUUUUGCAUUUGUUUACAUUCUUUCAGAUUAAAUCAUAAUAUUUUCCCCUAUUAUAACAUUGAAAUUUCCCCAGUCUGGCACGUUAAUCAAUUAGUUUUAAUUAUGGAGCUGAUUAGUAUCUGACAGUUAAAUUGUUCUAGAGAUAUAAAUGUAAAGGAUCAUUUUAAAAUUAUUGCUUUAUACUUUUAAAAAAAAAUUAUUAUUGUUUGUGUGAAUGACCAGUGCCUCAAUAUCUUGUUCCAACCCUGUUUUGUACUAUGAUUUAUUUUGAAUAAAUUUACGGUCAUCUUUA